AGCAUGUAAUUUGUAUACCGAAGCAUACGCUGAUCUUUAUGGCUAUGGAAUUGAAAAUUCCCUGCUAGAUGAACCGAUGCUUAGAAAUGUCGACACAAAAAAAGGACACGUUCUCGAUAUACCGGAAUUUAGUGAUCUCGUAAUUGAUGAUAAACGAGACAAUAUUUUUCAAUUUGUUCAGAUUACGGAUCUACACAUAUCGCAAUUCAAAAAAAUUGGUGGUACGUCGCAUUUUUUACAUUUCCUUGGAACGGCUCUUCCGGUAGUAUCCCCCUCGUUCGUUUUAGUGACUGGAGAUUUAACUGAUGGAAAGGAUGCAGACAGUCUCACUUCACAACAAUGGGUUGAAGAGUGGACUACAUAUCAGACUGCAUUGAAGGAGGCGGGUGUUCUUGAUCGUCCAUAUUUUUGGAAUGAUCUGCGGGGAAAUCAUGACGUUUUUAAUGUUGAAUCUUGGGAAAGCAAAUACAAUUUAUACAGAGAGUAUGGAGUUGGAAAGAAGAAGGGAUUUCAUGUUACUAUUGAAAAAACUUUUGGCAGAUAUAGAUUCAUUGGAAUAGAUGCAUGUCCAAAAGUAGGUCCUGCCAGGCCGUUUAAUUUUUUUGGUUAUUAUGAUAUAGACAAUAUGGAUCGUUUAUCGGAUCAAUUAUCCAAUGCAUCAAAAGAUUCAAAUCAUACGUUUUUAUUGGCACAUUAUCCGACGGCAACAACGUUAUUUGGCAAAACUUCUAAGGGAGAGACUUUUGAUGACAUAUCAAAACACAUAAGUGUUUAUAUGUGCGGUCAUUUGCAUAAAUUAGCGAUGGGCCUAGGGGAAAAGUUGCAGACAUACCAACCUACACACUUUCUUGAACUGGAAUUAGGGGACAUGAAAGUUAAUGCUAUAUAUCGCAUCUUAGCUAUUGAUCAUGACUUAAUAAGCUUCACCGAUGUGACAUUGCCGCUGCAAGAAAUUCCUUUGCAAACGCCACCAUUACCUGCGAAAGGAAAGUCAAUAUUGCCUGAAAAAAUUGAUUAUCUUCCAACGAUAUUAAUUACGAAUCCGAAGGAUUCUCGUUUUUUGAUGAAAUAUCAUGAACCCGUUAAUCGUAUAAGGGAGAGCACUCACAUAAGAUUAUUGAUAUUUUCUGAUCACGAAGUAAACACUGUGGAAAUAUUUUUGGAUGGAAAACGGCAUGAAGAGAAAGUGAUUUAUCAAGGUAAUUUAAGAAACCAGAGUGAAGAUUAUAUUCCACUCUGGGUUUCCUCAUGGGAUCCUAAGAGAUUUGAUGAUGGCAAGGAGCACCGAAUUACUGUCAGAGCACGAGACAUGCUAGGUCAUGUUGGUGAAAACAAGAUAAUGUUUCGCGUGGAUGGUAAAAGAAGUGAUAUGCGUGGUGGAAUUAGUGAAUUUUUAAUUGGGCUGAAUUGGGCUUUGGUGGUAUGUACAGAAGUUUAUUUCUACUUUGUUGUGGAUUAG